AUGGAUAGUGAAGAAGAAAAUGAUAAAUUAAAUAAAAUAAAUUUGCAAUUAGAUCAAGCAGAAUUAACUAGUAAGUCUAAAGAGAGAGUAAGAAAAGCUUUAUUGUUAAGAAAAUCAACAAGUAUGUUUUCAAUUUUUGACUCAGCUGAUUAUAUAAAAUCAGCAAUGUUAUUUGAAGAGUUAGCAGAGGAGUGUAAAGAUGAUAGAAUAUCAAGUGCAACAUUUUAUAAAGAAGCAGCAGAAACAUUCAUAAAAGAUAAUAAAGAAUUUUCAUUAUGGAAAGCAUCAGAAUGCUAUUAUAAAAUAUAUGAAUUGUUUGUUAAAGAUAUGAGAGAUGAAGCAUCAGAGUUUUUACAACAGUCAUGUAUGUUAUUAGUAAAAAUAAAGAGUUUUGAAAUAGCUGGUAUGAGAUACAUAAAAAUAGCAGAGUUAUAUGAAAUGGAUAAAGUAAGUUUAGCAGUUAUUAACUAUAAAAGAGCAAUAGAAUCUUAUUCGAAAGUUACAAACUAUAAAAGCAACAUAUAUUUAGUAAAGAAGAGAUUAUUAAGUUGUUGUAUUUAUCAUAAAGACAUAAAUAGAGUGAUAGAAACACUUAAAGAGUAUAAUUAUGAUUUCAAAUAUAGUAAGUUAUGUUAUUUACUGAUGGUUUAUUUAAAAGGAGAUUAUGAAAUGCUUAAAGAAGAAGAAUUAGACACAGAAGAAGAAAGUGAAGUAUUAGAAGCUAUUUUAUAUAAAGAACCAGAAGAUUCAAUUGAGAUAGUUAAGAAUUUUAUUAAUGAAAAUGUUUUUAAUGAUUUAUCAAAUUCAUUAUUUGAAUUAUUUUUAGAAAAUUAUCAAUUAUCGAAGAUUUGUUAA